GAAAUUGAGCGCGCGAGGGUUGUACAAUUCGCUGUCGGGAGUUGUCAUAUCGGCGGUGCCCCGAGGUCGCUUCUCUGUCGAUGGCGGGGGGAGUUCACAUCUAGAAUUGUACAUCCAUAAGUUGUUGUUGCUGCUGCUGUUGCUGCUGCUGCUCGAAACCCGAAGACGUCGCAGACAUGUUCAAGAACACGUUCCAGAGCGGCUUCCUGUCGAUACUCUACAGCAUCGGCAGCAAGCCGCUGCAGAUCUGGGACAAGAAGGUCAGAAACGGGCACAUCAAGCGCAUCACAGAUAAUGACAUCCAGUCACUGGUGUUAGAAAUUGAGGGAACAAAUGUCAGUACUACAUACAUCACGUGUCCUGCCGACCCAAAGAAGACACUUGGAAUCAAGCUCCCUUUCCUCAUCAUGAUCAUCAAAAACCUUAAAAAGUAUUUCACCUUUGAAGUCCAGGUGCUGGACGACAAGAACGUGCGCCGGCGAUUCCGAGCCAGCAACUACCAGAGCACGACGCGCGUGAAGCCCUUCAUCUGCACCAUGCCCAUGCGCCUCGACGACGGCUGGAACCAGAUCCAGUUCAACCUCUCGGACUUCACCCGCCGAGCGUACGGAACCAACUACAUCGAGACUCUGCGCGUGCAGAUUCACGCCAAUUGCCGAAUCCGACGGGUCUACUUCUCCGACCGCCUCUACUCGGAGGAUGAACUUCCGGCCGAGUUCAAGCUCUACCUCCCCGUGCAGAACAAGAACAAGUAGUAGGCAUCUCCCGGAGGCUUUGGAAGACGGCGGUGUGAAGAUGCGUGUGCAUUCAGGACCUUCUUCCCCCUCGCCCACGGGGAUAUUCGAAUGUAUUUAUCACGGCUGGUUAGAAACGUUCACUCACCUUGGCUCGCGACGCGAGUGCUCUUCCGUUUUUUUCUACGCUUUUCCGGCAUAAACAAGCCCUCUUGCCUCUGCUACAACUGUAUCCUCUCCGUACCAGCAUACACGGCUCACAUUACCCGCGAGCAUUCUUACACGUAAGCACGCACGCACGCACGUGUGUGCACAUGUACGUAGGUGUGCCGAGUGAAUAAUUGUGCACGUGCGCACAAGCGUACUUUUGUGCAUACCUCCGUAGUUGUGUAUUAGCGCGUACAUAUUUUAUCGACGGCAACUUUGCAGCAGAGACCUACUACAGAGAACGCAUCGUCCCUGUAAAUGUGAAGUUAAGCAGCGCGUCGCGUGCUCUCGGACGCACGUUUGAAGCUUUCGUAAUUAGAAUUAACAAUGGAAGUUUAAAAUCACAAACGCACUCCAGCUAUGUUGCAGUAAUCCCAUUUGCAUAACACGUACGGAAGUGCCGCCACAGUGACAUCACUGGAGUGGUCCUUGGUGGUUUCCAAAUAUUCUUCUCAGUGUUUCAAUCCGGUGUUUGAGAGAGUCUUGAGGCGACACUGCUUGGGGUACUUUGCAAUCACAGGAACCGUUUGGAUCUUGUUGGUUUGUGUCUUUCAGUAAAAUAAUGUAAUUUGUGUAGAUUACAGUGAACCCUUGUUAAUUCGACACGUGGGGCUCUGGCCUUGCCGAAUUAUUCAAUAUUCCGAAUUAUGUACAAUGGUACUUGCCAGUGCCUCCUGUCCCAAUAAAAAAAAAAUCCAAAUUUGUUUCCCAAACUCUUCACACGCCAUACGCAUUGACACACACACCCCGCAUCAAUUGUAUCCAAAACUCUGUAUUUGUCUCGCAGACUUAGGGAUUCAUACCUCAGUCCCUUUCCAUUAUGUCUUGAUGUAGGUGUAGACGACAUUGCUGAGAGGGUUGGCUUACACAGAGUGCAUAAGCAAGGUAAAGUCCAAAGCGACGGCUCUGCACUAACGCUCACCACGCUCGCCACGCUCGCCACGCUCGCCACGCUCGCCACGCUCGCCACGCUCGCCACGCUCGCCACUCUCGCCACGCUCGCCACGCUCGCCGCCACAAGACCAAGUCAAUGUUUUGGUCGUUGCUCACAUCGUUGCUCCACGUGCAUGCUGCAAUUGGACAUUCGGUGUGGCAAUUUGGCUCGUGGCGAAUUGCUAAUAACACCGUAAAUAUGCCGAAAGCGCAGCCGUGCUGAAUGAUCCCCAAUUACGAAUGAUCAAAUACCGCAAUAACGAGGUUUUACUGUGCAUUGCGUAGGUAAUGAAUGGACUCGUUUCUUCUCGCCAGUGAGAUCGGUGUGCUGUGGCGCAUUGAAUCGUGAAAUUAAUAUACUUAUGUUAAAACCUUUCUAUGUUUUCCGUCUUGAGAAAUUGUCGUUUCGAUGUUAGCAGAUGUUUUGGUUUGUGUUUUAAAAAAUAAAUACAUCUAAAUGGUUGUACAUUUGAAGUUGUACACGAAAAAAGAAAAAGUUUCAACUUAAAUAAACUUAUUUCAUAUGAA